CCCCGCCGUGAGCGCCGGCCGGCCAGCCGCCCUUGCCCUACAGGUCCUCCGGACCCACGUCGCCUGCCAUCGUGCGUGCAAACGCUCCGGUGUCCGAAAGUGAUUCGUGGGGGCGUCGUGGAGGCCCACCGCAUUCCUACCGCCGUCUUACGCGGCCAACUGGCCUCGCCCCUCCGUCGCUGCGUGGAACGGCAGACCCGGGAGUAAAAGAGGCAAGGACGACGAGACACGCGGCACCGCAGUCACGCUGCCACCACCAUGUAUGUCGGCAAACUGGCGGGUUGUGUUCGUGAAGAGAAGGAGGAGGGACCCAGGCUCGGCGCCUGUGCCCCAUCCCGAUGCCCCCUCCAACCGCCCGGCGCUGCCGGGCUUGUCAGUGGGGGUGUUGUUACACAAAUCUAGCCAAGGACGGGCUGACGCUCAGCGACUCGUAGCAACAAGGCUACUUGACCGCUUACACGACCCGCUUGGUCACUUCAGUCGUCUGCAGAGGAUUCAUCCCCGCGCGAGGUGACAUUGCAAUUCGCCAGCCAGCUCCCAGGGGCUUCUCCCUAAGAGCCGUCGCCAGCCUGCUGAGGUGCAUGGCCCGAAGGCCUAUUCGUAUCCAACUACGACGUGCGGGGCAACAUCGCCGCGUUCCGGCACGGAUUCUGACUUAGAGGCGUUCAGCCAUUAUCCGGCAGAUGGUAGCGUCGCGGCACUGCCUGGUCAGACAGCCGCAAAAACCAAUUAUCUGAAUCAACGGUUCCUCUCGUAC